AUGGCUAUUUCUUCUGGUUCCAACUUUCCCUCGGGCGUCGACUUCGCGUACAUUCCAAUUGACUUGUCCACCAUCAAGAAUGAAGAUGCGUUGGGUUGUUCCAAGCCGCUUCCAUUGAAAUUGGACAAAUUGAUUGAGCAGAACGCUGGUUCCAACAUCUUGUUCGUGUCCGUGCCUGGUGCAUUUACACCCACGUGUACUGAGAACCACGUGCCUCCCUACUUGGACCACUUGGAGCAAUUGAAGAAGGAAAAGAACAUUUCGGCCGUCGUGGUCUUGAGUGCCAACGACCCCUUUGUGCUCAAUGCCUGGGGCAAGCUUUUGUUGAAGAACGCCAAAUUCGACGUGGGCGCUGACUUGCCCAAGGUUCUCUUUGCCUCGGACCCCAAUGCCCAGUUUUCAAAGGACAAUGAGAUUUCCUUGGACUUGACCGGCAACGGAAUGGGCGUCAGAACCGGCAGAUACGCUUUUGUGGUGAAUGCCGACACCAGGUCCGUCAACUACUAUGGCGUGGAGUCGGGCUCCGGUGUGGAGGCCAGUGGGUACGAAGCCAUCAAGGCCGCCAAGUUGUAA